AUGGGGCUAGUUAGUUUCGUAAAGACGGCAGUCAUCACUGUCACUGGACUCUUUUCCCUCAAUUUGUUCGUUCUGGGCGUUGCUUCUACGGGUGCCUUUUUCAUCCCCGUUGGAAAAAAGAAGAAACAGGCUCGAUUACAAGCCCAGAGUGAGCUUUGGGAUCUAUCUACCCAGCCUCUCCCGGGAUUCCAUCACAAGUUCUUCGAAGCCCCAGAUGGUGUCAAUUUGCACUAUGUCGAAGGUGGUGAUACCUCUCCAGGUUCCCCACUCAUAAUCUUCCUCCACGGUUUCCCAGAUUCUUGGUUUGUCUGGCAUCACCAACUAUCAGCACCAGCUAUCCAACAGAAGGCUCACCUGAUUGCCGUCGACCUUCCUGGACAUGGUGGAUCUGAUGGUUUCCCCCGUGCGUCAGCUACGGCCAUUCUCACAUCUGUCGCAAAUUUCAUUAUUGCACAGAAGGAAAAAAAAACUAGCGAAACUUGCAUUCUCGUAUCCCACGACUGGGGUAGCAUCGUCUGCUGUCGCUUGGCUCCAGAGAUUGGCUUCUUGUUCACCCGAUGCAUUAUUUUGAAUGGUCUUCAUCCCCCACUUGCUAUUGCAAAUAUGAACCGUGCAACUUCCAGUGCGUCGAGGAUGCUGCGAACAUAUGUCCGCAAUCCUACAAAUUUCGCUCUAAUUCGGUCUGCAUUCCAGUCUUUGAAGCCUUUCCUAAACCAGAUGAAAGCCUCUUAUUAUGCUUCUGUGUUUCUUUUGCCUCUUCCAUUGGCCAGAACGCUCUAUACAAUGGGCGACUUUUGGUUCUUAAGGCUUUUGUGCAAAUUAUCCAAGUCUCCAAACGAGGAGAUUUUCCUCGCGAGUGCUUUUGGCCCUUCGAAAUCUGAGGCGGAGGGAUACCCAGCAGCUAUACUUGCCAGACAAAAUGCAAAUAAGAGGGCAAGCGAUAGGAUUGCAUACUAUCGAGACAAUCUUUCUGUCGGAACAUGGAGGAAGCCAGAAAACAUUCAGUUACUCAUAGCCGAAUCUCAGACAAAUUCGGGAUUCACUGGCCUUUUGGAGCAGAAGGAAGGAAGUUUUAAAUGCCCCGUCACUAUUGUCUACGGUGCUAAGGAUACUGCCUUUCACAGACCGUUCUGCUUCGAAGGGCUUGAAGAAUACUUAGUUCCUCCUAAGGGUAAGACGGGUAAGAGUUACUUGAUCUGUUUCCCACGGGACGGACACUGGACGAUGAUACCGAGCCCCGCGAAGGAGAGCGUCGAUACACUUAUUGAAAGCGCAUUGGAUGGGAUCGAUGGAGAGGAAAUGAAGGAGAGAGUUUGGGCCGUGAAUAAGGAUGUCAAGUUUGAGAUUGAAAAUUAA